AAAGAAAAUCUGGCUAGAAUUGUCAGUUGAUUAGUACGGCAUUUUAAACAGUUGCAGAAUCAAGAUCUGGUCUAGAUAUUUAAUCUUAUACUACUUAUAGCAAUUAGAUCGAUAUCUAGAUCUAUAGGCCUUAUAGAUAAAUUCAACAAAAUGGCAACAUUAUUGAAAUGCUUCAAGUUAAAGUGUUAUCCUUUAAAAAGUGCAAUGCCAUUCCGAAGAUCUCUUGCAACAACACCCAAAAUGUUCAGUCAACAUUGGCAACAGGAAGGCAUUCCUGGAUCGAACAUGCCUUUUUCAUCAUCCAAUAAAACUGUGUUUACCAUUGUAUACAUUGCACUCUUUGGUGUUGGAAUGGCAGCUCCUUUUGUGCUGUUGAGAAGGCAUCUUCUAAUUUUGUCCACCCCAUCAACUGUGGUUGAGAACCAAGAGCUGACUAAAAUCGUGUGCCCAAAAGAAAAUGUUGAAAAUUAAAUUUUGGAAAACUAUCACAAAAUUUAACAUGUUACAAUAUGUUACAAUUUGAAUAAUCAAUUCUUUAUUCUAUUUCUUUUUCUUUGGCCAAUAGCUAUUUGAUUAUAAAUUCAAAGAAAAAAACAACUAAAUAAAUUGUUAUACUUUUUUUUUAAA